GCCGGGCCGGAGCGCUUUGGCGGUUGCACCGGGGCAAGAUGGCGGAUCGGGAGGAGGCGCUGAGGGAGUUCGUGGCCGUGACCGGGGCCGAGGAGGAGCGAGCGCGCUUCUUCCUGGAGUCGGCGGGCGGGGAUCUGCAGAUUGCCCUGGCCAGUUUCUAUGAAGAUGGAGGUGACGAAGACAUCAUCACACUCCCACAGCCAGCUCCCAGCUCUGUUACCCGAGGCACUGCGCCCAGUGACCACAGGGUGACGUCAUUCCGAGACCUUGUCCAUGCUCAGGAGGAGGAGGAAGAGGAGGAGGAAGGACAAAGAUUUUACGCUGGGGGCUCUGAGCGAAGCGGGCAGCAGAUUGUUGGUCCUCCGAGGAAGAAGAGCCCCAAUGAGCUGGUUGAGGACUUGUUCCGAGGGGCCAAAGAGCAUGGAGCUGUGGCUGUCGACAGAGCAGCCAAGAGCCCUGGGGAAGGCAGCAGGCCAAAAGCCUCACAGUUCCUUUCUCUCUCGCAGCCCUUCGCAGGUGGAGGGUACCGCCUGGGAGCUGCUCCCGAGGAGGAGUCUGCUUAUGUUGCCCCAGAGAUGAGGCAGAACGCUGCACAGGAUGUGCACGUGGUCCUGAAGCUGUGGAAGAGUGGGUUCAGCCUGGACAGCGGAGAGCUGAGGAGCUACCAAGACCCAUCCAACUCCCAGUUCCUGGAAUCCAUCCGCAGAGGGGAGGUUCCUGGGGAACUUCGCCGGUUGGCUCGUGGCGGGCAGGUGAAUUUGGACUUGGAGGACCACCGCGACGAGGAUUUCACAAAACCCAGAGGUGCCUUCAGGGCUUUCACCGGCGAAGGACAGAAACUGGGCAGCACUGCCCCCCAGGUGAUGGGCGCAGGCUCCCCAUCGCAGCAAGCGGAAAACGAAGCCAAAGCCAGCUCCUCCAUCACUAUUGACGAGUCAGAGCCCACUACCAGCAUCCAGAUCCGGCUGGCGGAUGGAGGGCGGCUGGUCCAGAAAUUCAACCACAGUCACAGGAUCCGCGAUGUCCGACUCUUCAUAGCGGACGCCAGGCCUGCCAUGGCCGCCACGAGCUUUGUCCUCAUGACCACUUUCCCCAACAAAGAGCUGACAGAUGAGGACCAGACCCUGAAGGAAGCCAACCUACUGAAUGCCGUCAUCGUCCAGAGGUUAAUAUAAGGGAACCUGCCCGAUGGCUACCUGCCCAGGCCCUAUAGCCUCCUACGGGGCAGCUCUCCGGGCGGGAAGGGCAGUCUCACGGCCACCUCGUAGUGCUGGGUUCGAAGCUCUUGCGUUGGACUCUUUAGUUGCGUUUCCCAAUGUUUUGUUUUCUUUGUGCUGAUCCAUGGACUUUAAAAAUAAUAAGAAUAAUAAUUAAAACCAAACACAAACUUUUUCAAAGGAGCAGCAGCUCCCUGUUGUGCCUGCCACACACUCCCCCCUGGACCACUUAUGGGGCAGAAAGGAGAGGUAAGGUUCAAAGAGGGGGGGUGCAUGGCUUCCUCCCUUCAUUCCAGCUCCAGGGGUGGUAGCAGCUACAGGAUCCGUCGGUGUAUUAAAUAAAGUGGACCCCCAAACCGGGGGGCUCUCUUCUGUGUUGCCAACCAAGUCUGUAGGGUAUUUCUGUCUUGCAGAUGGGUAAAAGCUGUGGGCAUUAGGAGGAAUCCAGACCUUCCCUCCUCAAAUAAUCUAGCGUCCCAUCUGUAGCACAAUCUUGCCAUCUACUCUCCUGUCCCUCCAGGCUCUCUCAUAGCACCGCAAAGAGCAGAGAGUCCCUCCAAAGUGUCUUUCCGCCCAUAUCCUGAAAACGAGCCACUCUUAAGUGAGGGGUCUCCGAGUGCAAAGCCUGGGAUGGGUGGCCCUUGGGUUUCCCCCCCUCUUUCCGGCGUGCUAAAUAAAAGGAAGGGCUCGUAAAAAAGAGGAGGCCCACAUUUUGAUCAGGAUUUGAAGCCUCUUAGGUAGGGGAACGGUUUGGCUUGGAGUGUGUGACUUCAUACUUCCUGAAGAUCAGCACGGCUGCAAUCUGUCACUCAUCUCAGUUUUGGAUCCAGGGGUGUCCUCCCCACCUUCUUCCGUUUUUUUAAGAGAAUAAUUCGUCAGCUGCCUCCCACUGUUCCUCAUUCUGUCUCAUCUGCCUUUGUUCUUUCUCAGGUCUUUCUUAGGAAGGUCUCUCCCUUGAUAACGCAGCAGUCUUUGCCUUUCUGGGUCCCUCCAGCUGAUCCAAAACAUCUGGUUGGCCCCAGGUAGGCAAAGGCUGUGACGCCGAGUGCCCCAGGGAACACACAAUUUCUCCUCAAUGGAAAGGGGCGCGUGCGGGAAAGUUUGGCGCAGGACGAAGAUCUCCAUGCCUGCGAGCCUGCUCUCAGCUCUGCUCCUCAGUUGCGGGGUGCGCUUGAGCUCACAUCCGCUGCAUGGUCCCUCCUCUGUCAGGUGACGGAGAGCAGCCUCUCCACAGGAGCAGGGCUUGAGGAAAAGGAAGGCUUGGAUCCAGGCCGGUCUGUCCUGCCAGCCACUUGGGUAUCGGUUAUCCUGCACCAGAAAGUUCAGACAUGGGCAUUCCCCACCAGCCACCCCUCAUGGCUAAAUGAAUCCACACCGGAUGUUGACAGUGAAUUCUGUAAAUUAUUGUGACAAGUGUGUGAGCAUUAAAAAUCCAAACUGAACCCGG